AUGCCACGCAAAAGAGUAAAUCCCGAUUCCACAGCGGGUCUUCCCUCCCCCCGCCGCCAAAGACAAAGCACAUCCCCGACCACCUCAGACAGCGAAGAUGGCGGACCCAGCGCACCCUCCAGCACAGACGCCAUGGUCAAAAAGAUGGUCCGACUAGCAAUGGCGAGCGAAUACUCCAGGCUCCCCAUCCGGCGAACAGACAUCAGCGCGAAAGUCCUCGGCGAGCAAGGCUCCCGACAAUUCAAGCUUGUUUUCGAGCAAGCGCAGAAAGAACUCAGAGCCCGAUUCGGCAUGGAGAUGUCAGAACUACCAGCCCGAGAAAAAGUUACCAUUUCGCAGCGACGGGCUGCUCAGAAAUCCGAAAAGACUUCUAGUACUAAUAAAUCUUGGAUCCUUACUAGCACUUUGCCGCCUGCUUAUCGGACGCCUGCUAUCCUACACCCGCCCAAGGCACCCUCGACUUGGGCGGAGAGUACAUACACCGGUCUAUACAGUUUUAUUAUUGCGGUGAUCACGUUGAAUGGGGGGACGCUUGCAGAGCAGAAGCUGGAUCGGUAUCUGGGGCGUGUGAACGCGGAUAUCGGGACCCCGAUUGAUCAGACGGAGAAAUUGUUACAGCGGCUGUGCAAGGAGGGGGCUGUUUAUGGGAAGGGGGGUGAGGGGGAUGGGGACGAGGGCGAGAUUGAGAGGAUGGAGAGAGAGGACUUUGAGGGGAGGUUGGGGAGGACGCUGGGUGAUCAUGUUGUGCGGGGGGCAACUGGUGAGGAUGCUGAGGGUGCUUCCCAGGGUCAUGGGAAUGGACCUGUUGAGGAGAGAAGUGGAAGGCGGUCUUCCAGACAGGCUCAAGAAGAAGAGGAAGAGGAUGGGUCUGAGGAGAGUGAUUGA